GAUGAACGUUUAAGGUGUUGAAUGCCCUUAUCAAAUGGUUUUGAUUUGUUCCAGAUCAUAGACCAUUCCGUAUCACUUCAUAGUUUCUCUAUAAAUUACCGUUAUUUCUUAUUCAACGUUUGUUGAGCAGCAAGAUCUUCGGUCCGAAUCACACCUUCGCCGAAAUGUGUAAUAUGAGAACCCAAGGCGGAGUGCCGACGGUGAAAUGCCGAGUGACGUAAGUAAAUCAAUCGAAGCCGGUAGCAUUAUAUCAAACUAAUAGGCAACACCAAAUGAAGCAUAAGCCCGUAAAUGACAAAUGAUGGACGAAGACCAAACUGUUGUGAUUUAGAACUCUCUCUUUCGCUUGAACUAGAAAAUUCAAACGUUACAUUUUUUAUGGGGCCGAUCGGAAUUGAAAACAGAACCAAAACGAUUUAAUCAUUUGAUACUUUUUACGAUCAGAGAUUAACAAGAAUUGGUUUGAUGUGUGCGUGUGUGUGUGUGUAUGUCACUGAGCUAUGCUAUACACAGCACACAUCAACGCCACUCACAUUUCAGUCCAACAUAUAAAUGUGUUAACACGAAGAAGCGAAAAAGACAAAGCCACACCAAUAAAUUUAAGGUAAAACCUAUAAAUUAAUUUAAAACGACAUCGAAACGAGCUCAUAAAUGAUGAAAAAAAAAACCAACAAACCAGAGAGAGAAAAGUGAGAGACAAGCAAAGCAGGAGGCAAACAGCGCGAGCGAAUUAUUAAUCGACCAUCAAAAUAAAUGGACAUGAAGUCAAUUUAACGACACAAAACAAGCGCUAUGCGUGCGCUUUGCUCAUUUUAUACAUAUGUUAAUUAUUAUUUUCAAUUUGAAUUUAGCAGUUUUGUUUCAGUUUUAUUUUUGGUUAAUGAAUUUAUUGGUUUUGUAUGGUUUUGUUUUUCGGCCACGUGGAAAAAAAAGUAGCCGAAAACCGAAAAAACUACUACAAUGUUAUGUAUUGUUGACAAUUGUGAGACAUUUUUCGGUCGGUAACGAUUUUGCACAUAAUUGUAAUUUGUCUUCGUUAAUCACUUGUGUGUUGUGUACGGUUUGGCUACUUGAAGAAAACGUGUCCAUUUGAUGUGGAUUUAUGGGGAUUUGUCUUCAACAAACGAACGAACGAACAGAUAAAAGAUCAAGAAUAUCAAAGUUUCUGUUUUUUUCGGUGUUUUUCCUUUUGCGUAACCCGAAAAAAAAAAUACUCACAAAUUAUCUGUACACACAUUGCAUUGGUUCAACACAACAACAACAACCGAAAAAAAAACAGAACACAACAAGUUGAGUGACAAAUUCUCAACAGUGUUCAAUGUAAGCGUGUGUCCCCUUCACUAUUUUGUCCAUCCCAUAGACAUUUCCAUGCGUUUGAAGCGACAGCAGUAGCAUCGAACGCGGAAAAAGUCUCUGAUUUGGUUUUAAACGACAAAAAUAAGACUCUCCCCAAACAACAGUGUUGAACUGAAGCUCACAUUUUUUUCCCUCUUUUUGCAUAAUUACAUUUUUGAUUAUGCCGAUUUGGUUGCUGGGUGCCUUUUUCUUUCUUCACCUCUCUCGUUUCAUAUAUGUGUUUCUUAAAUUGCGGUACGUUUGGCGUUGUCACCCAUUUUAUGGAGAUAAAUUUUGAGAUUUCGGUAAAUUUCAGAUGAAUUUGAAUGUAUAUCGCACACAACGUAAUGGUUCAUUUUUCCUCGUCACAGACUGUGGCCACUAAAAGAAACUAAGUAAUGUAAUGGCAUUUUAUUAGUUGGUAUGUGUUUUUUUCUCUUAAUUUGUUGGACAUUCGCUAUGUGUGUUUGUUUUUAUUGUUAUUAUUUUUGUAUUUUUUUAUUACUGAUACUAUUAAUAUAUAUACGAAUUUACCUGGAAUCUGGAGAGCGCAAUAUGCAUACCGUUUUAGAUAUAUGUCAAAAUGGACGAGCCUGAACACUAUGGCUUGAUCUUUUUCUUUUCGGUGGCUCAACUCGUUUGCCCAAUGCCCAUUAACCACAGAAUCGCUUUGAAGUUAAUAAAUUAAAUUGUAUUUAAUUGUUUUUGGUCGGAUGAGAGACGGGCUUGUGACAACAGGUUGAAGGUAAUUUUUCUGUUGCAGUAAUAAAAAGACAUAAUUGUCGGGCGGCCUCUUCUCUGUGUAUGUUAUACAAAUGCCGCUGUAGUAAUUCGGUGAUCUCUUGAGAGCUAUUCAACAGUUACCCCGAUCAACAGCUUCACAUCUCAUACCUUACCUUAGGCACAUCUCAUGAGCCUUUCAAACACAUUUUUCUCACUGUAUUUUUAUCUAGGCGUCUUGCAGUUGUAAAAUGAAGUAAAUCGUGAGUGAAGAAAUACGUUGAAUUUACGGAAAAAAACAACCAUUGCCCCAUUUCAAAUCAAAUGCUCCCAUUUUAAACGAGCACUUUUGAAGCUUUGGUUCACAUUCGGAUUCUUUUCAUUUUCGACUAAGAGAAUUAUUUUCGUCUUUACAUGUUACGCUUCCAUUUAAUCUUUAAGCUCACCGAGAUAUGAAAUCAUAAUUGAAAUAAUUGCAUGAAAUGCACAAGGAUUUCAGAUCAACGCGAUAUUAUUAAGACGAUUUUUAUUUAAUCUAUUAAUUGCUCCGGUUGCAAUAUUCAAUUCACGCACAAUUGCACUGUGCACACAAAAAAAAAAAAUGAUCGUACAUAGUCGGUUGGUAGCGGUGGUUUUGUGCGAAUAACAGUGACGAGGAAUUUAAUUGCACAAUCUUUAAAGCCACUCGGUUUACAUUGCAUUGGUGAUGAUGGCGUUCUGCUUAAUCCGUUUAUUUAUUUAUUUUUUAAAUGCAAUCGCUGUGAAUGUGGCAUUUUCGACUGAACUAAGAAUGAAACAGCCUGAAAUACUUUGUAUAGGUUGGUGCUAUUAAUUUGUACCAAGCCAUCAUUAUUACAUUUAAAAAAAAACGUUUGUCUAUGAAACGACGACGAGAGACUCGAGAUGCGCCCAAUGCUGCGCGUUGCGACUGCAGAAAUGCCUUAAAACGAUUUCGAUCUUAGAUAACAUCGUGUAAAAUGUGAACAGUAAAACAUUUAAGUAAGACAAACGGCCGUAGUACGGGAGAGAUGAUCUUCUUUUGAUGUGCCAUUUUUUAUGGGCGCAAGCAGAUACAGUCUCAUCAAAACCCAACUCGCCAUCCGAAUGAUUCUUUUUCUUGAAAACCAGAUUUAGUACGCUUUAAAGUGAUAAAUGUCGCAUUACUAUCGCAAAAUCCAUGCACCGAAAAUUACCUCAAACCGCAAUUAACUGCAUUCUUUUUUCUGCAUCUGCGAUGAAUUAUGUUUUCAUCACCAAUUAAAAGCACAUUCCAAACACAACGGAGAAGAACAAAAAAUAUUGACAUUUUCACAAAACUAUGACAUAACCCAAUCUAUAGCUUGUCUCCCUUACCAUCAUUUUAACUAUUUCGCAGUUGUUGUGAUCGCUUCAUUUGUUGUGAGAAGUAGGAAAGCAAUUUCUCCAUGAGAUAGAUUCUUUUGACGAAUUCAUAUCUAUAUCUAUGGGUAAAAACGCAAAAAUAGUACACAUGACUGUUUCACAUACAACUCGAUAUCAUAAUGUUCCCUCAGAAAAAUUUGAAUGAAAAAUAUCCGGACGCUUUCGAAAAUAAAAGAAAUCGUUGUCUUUUAACCGCUGUAAAAGUUCAGUGGUAACACCAAAUCAGGGUGGUUUUGCUUUAUUGCAUAAUGUACGUACAGAGAAGCUCUAACAUUACUUAGUGCCAUCCUCUGUAAAAUUGAAGAAAAAAAACAUUUUCAUAAAUCAUCAUCGAUUUAAAUCGAGAAAGGUAUAAAAUUAAUGGCACACAUUGAUUGUAUAUGGUCAUAUGGCCAUUUCGCCCACAGCCUUUAUUAACGGCAUAAAUCUGCCCUAAACAUAUAUUUAAAUUUAAAUCAUUCACGCAAAUCAAUUUACGUUUUUGUUCAAAAACCACGUCAAACAAUCAAAUGGGUUGGUUGUGACACAGUUUCGAUUAUGUUAAAAUUUAUUAACAUUUCAACGAAUUUUCAGAAGAAAAAAAAUUGAAUAAACAAAGCUCUACACCUGGUAACAUGAUAUCGUGUCAAACGCAUAAGCCGCCAAUCUCCAAAACCCCAUGUAAAAAUCAAUAAUUCUUUGUCAAAAUCAAUAAUGUUCAAAUUUUUACACAAUUUUAUGUAAUCAAUCCAAAAAGUCAACUCUUUGUUGUCAUGAGAUUAACUUCCGGCGCUCAAUUUAAUUUGGUAUAAUAUCGCAUGAAAAUGGAAAUAUCAGCAAUCAAAUGCAAUAAAAAAAACACUCGAUAGACAGAAUAUUUCGAUCGAUACAUCUAAUUUGAUCACCGAAAAAACAUAAAAAAAAAUCUCAAUUUAUAUAUUAAAAUAUCGAACAUUCUAAGCUCAUUUCUUUUAUGUCUUGCUCAUAGCGUUCGUCGAAUCAAAAAUGGAAUUUUUUCUAUCGAAUUAAAAAAAGAGAGAGAAAAAACACAGUCAUAACAUGUCCAUAUUUCAAAGAUAAACAUCAGCUCUGAAAAAGCAAUAUUCAAAUAAAUGCGUCUAAAGGCGAUAAAAAUGGAAUUUGAGCUUGAGACGACGAUGGUGAUGAUGAUGACGAUGACGAUGAACAGAAAAUAAGUAAUCUUUGCUGAAAUCGAUAUAAUGGAACUGGCCAAACAAACCACAGCAGAUGACAUCUCGAUUUGACUGUAUUUAGACGCGACGACGACAACGACGACGACGACGACGGCUAAGAGUAAUGGUAUGUGCAGAAAAUAUGAAACAAGUAUCAUCAAAUCCAAAACAACACAAAAGACAAACGAAAAUGACGUUCCGCACCUAGCCAAAUCGAGUCGAGUCAAGUCGUGCGCUAUUCCAAUAUUCUCAAGCAAGAUAAGCGUCAAUAAAAAUUGUCACCUUUUGCAAAAUUUAUCUUUAAUUAAAUUAUUUUUAUGAUAUGAUUAUUCAGUGAGGUUUGGUACGGCUGUAAGGCGAGUUGUAUGUUGUUUUUUUGGCUUUGGACUUAGUUUGGCAUAUUGCUAGCGCGCGCAACACUGGGCUGACGUCGAUGACGAUUAUUGUUAUUCUGCAUUUGGGGAAUUUGGUUUUAAAAUUCACGGUAAAUCUUCGGUAAGAGGCUGCCCACUCAAAAAAAAACAUCAGAAAGUUACCUAUAUAUUGCUUAUGGGUUAACGCAAAUAUAUGGUUCAUAUAAGCAAUUCUAUUAAAAUGCGAUCGAUUGGGACCACUCAAGCGGUUGGCACAUUAAAAUGCCAUCACCGCAGACGUACAUACACGUAAAUGUACAUAUUUAAGUGCGCGCACGCCACAUGAACCGGCGAUCACACUGCUGCUGCUGCUGCUGCAUUAACCGCCAAUACACAUUUUUGUCAACGAAAUCGAUGGGCAAAUGUUCCGAUGCACGCAUGGAACCGAAGUUAAAAAACGAUCUUUAUUAUUAUCAUAACAAUAAACAAACCAAUGAUUAUCGACUUUAAUAAAAUUCCAAUAAAAUGCGGAUGAAGCGACACAGCGACCCAAAGAUCAUCGUGCUCACUCUGUGUCUCUCUCACAUGCUCGAAUCAUGUAAAAUAUAUAUAACAACACCAAAAAUGUAUUGUAAUGGAAAAGAGACGGACAAACGACUGAACACGAUCGAUCGAGUCAACCAAGAGAGGAAGAGAAAAAACACAUUCAUUGAAAAUGAAAAAAUUUAUGGCGCAAAAAAUAUUAAUAUUAAAUGAAAACAAACUAACGACAACGGCGACGAUGACCAAAAAAACAAAUGUGGUAUGUGGAUAUACUUGCCACACGCAAAUGUCCGAAUAACGAAACUGUGCUUAAAAUUCUCUGUGUAGACACUGAUGUCCCUCACUCACCCUCUCUCUGUGGUUUGUAUCGAUCGAUAUACGUAUUAAAGCCGAAAAAGACAUAAAAUCGAUGUUAAAUGAAUGAAGAAAGCCAAAAACAGAAUCCGCCAACAAAAACAUUGACAAACCGACACAUUUUGAAGAAGAGACGAGGAAAAAAAAACAUACUACGAUCGAUAAAUUAUUAGGUGUUGUACAAAUGUGGCGUGAAUCGACCGCAAAAGAGUGGAAAUCAAUAAUAGGUGAACACUGAACACACAACGAACAAUAUCACAAUAAAAAUCGAAGAAUAUCGAUGGAUGCGCUGGCGCGAGCGCACGCACGACGCACGGCAUGGUGCGCAAAUUGUUUGCUCACCGACCGACCGAUUCAAAAGUGACCGAAUAUCACUUUUGAAUGCAUGGUCCCAUCAUACCAAAUAAAACACGAUAUAUUGAUUCGGCGGAGAAUUGAGGUGGAACGAGGCACAUGAAAAGAAGAAGUGUAGACGAGAGGAAGACGACAGAAUAAAGUGAAUAUUGCUCAUUUUGAUGUUGCUGUUUUUUGGGAGUGUUUACAUUGUGGAUUCCUUUUGACCGGUCUUUUGUGUAAAUUUGUUGGUUUCAUUUGGGUAAUUUAUGAUCGUUAUUAGAAUCGAUAAUCGGAAACACACCAUAAAUUAUGUAUAAUUUCAAACAAUUCAUGCAUUCGAUCAAGGCAUUUGUUCCACCUUCUUUUUGAGGUCGGAAAUGGUAUAUCGCACACAUGAACCGUGCGAUAUGAGACAAGUAUUUGCAUCCUUUUUCUUAGAAACGCUAAUCAAAUAGAAUUUAAAUCAAUCAAAUGCACAAUGUAAAAUCUCAAAUGGACUAGUAAACUGAAAUUCAGUUCCCAGCUGAACAAAGAAUGAGAGAAAAAAAAAUAUCUGAUUUUGUCGCAAUCAAGUUUAAUUCAUAGCGAGCCAGUCAUUUGAUGACGAGAAAUCAGUAAAUCUCGGCCAACAAAUUGAUUCGCGGUAUUGCGCACCUGCGGUCGUAUAUGAAACCAAAUACGCACGGCUGUAUCCAGAUAAAUAGCAAGUGACACGAAGAACUGCCUCCAAGUUGUGAUUUUGGUGAUCUUCAGGUAAAUUGAUAUCGCCAGUUGGAUAUGUUCAACGAACGUACACAAAGAGAUAGAUAAAGAGACAUAGAGAGAAUGGAUAAACGCCACCGACCGUAACUCACACUCACUCGCACACAUUUAAAUACAGCCUAUUAAAAUUCGUCCCCAUCAGCUUUCAGAAAGGCGCUGCUGCGUAUAUGACCGUUAAUAUCUUGGCUGUAUCAUUUUGUCACUCGUACAUUGCGAACACCUCAACCUGAUCGCGGCGAUGGUGUGGGUAAGAUAGAGACAACGAGAGAGCAUAGCACAGAAGAAAACAAACAACAAAAUCGUCGAGAAAUCACACAACAUCUCGUUCUCUCUCUCCCUCUCUCUUUGGGUCUCUGCACCGCAUAUCACACGAGAUGAGAUGAUCAUCGAACAGCGAUUUAGUUUAUAACUUGAUGGUCACAUAUCGAGUUAAGUCAUUUCACAUUUUACCGUCGCCCGUGCACAACGUGCGUUGAUGAUCGCGAGGUCUGCGAUUCGAGAGUGUAAUUUGUUCGGCGAUCGAUCCAUGUAAAUCGCCCUAAUAGCCGAAGUAAAGUAAGCAAGUAAUUGUUAACGACGUUAAAUGCCAUCAAUUAGAACGGCUCCUGCAGUGUCAAUCAUUCGGUUGUUGCAGUAAAAAACGCAAUUGUGUAUUGAUAAGUGCCAAAAGGAAAAUAUUCAGUGUGUAUGGAAAGGUCUUUAUAAAGUAUGAUCCAAGCAAAUGUGUGACUAAACCGGGAGAAGGAAAAAAAACAAGCAAAUCGGCCUAUAAAUGUGUGUUUGGUGCGAUUCGAAGAUGGGAUUCAAACGUGUAAUGUUGAAUCGUUUGCAAAUUGGAAGUGAAAAUAAGACAUUGAUAGCCGAAAUGGAUGAAAACAAUGAUGGAAAUAACGACGGCAAUCGCAAACACACGGACUUUAGCAUUGAUAAAAUCCUCAGCGACGAUUCGUCGGCAAAAAGUUCACCAACAAAUUUUACAGCCACUACCGCUGCCGUCGAUCGACUGUAUCAAAAAGUUAGCAAUGAUUAUGCCUACUGGAAUUGGAAUCGUCGCAUUUACCCACCGCCCAUUUCAAUGGUGCAUCCACGCCGUUCUGCAUUUCUACCAACCGCGUCGACUGUUACAUCGGCCACCGCUCAUUAUGAAAUCAUGAAUUUGUCACUACGAAUGUACGACCAACAAAUCAAUUUGAGCAACGUUGAUCGCAUUCGCAAUACAUACGCAUGGGCCAUGCCAUCGUCACCAUCGAAACUCUACGAGUCUCAAGCUGCAUUUCUCAGCAAUUUGAAUAAUAACAACAACAACAACAGUAGCCACCGUGCAAAUAACAACAUUACUAGCCUAAGUGAAGCGAACGCAAUGCAAUGCAGCAGCAGUAAAUUUGCAAUUUACCAAAAUCUCAAAACCUAUGGCAUCGACCUAACGAAUUUAAGUGAAUUAAAUGCACAAGUGAACUCAAACACAGCAACCACAAUCAAAUCCGAACCGUUAACGCUCGAAAAUUGUGGCGCUCCCAAUUUGGCAAAUUUAGCAUGCUCCGUGUGCAACAAAGUAUUCGAAAAUCCACUUAUUUUAGAUGCACACGAACGGACACACAAAUCACCACGUUACACAUGUGAUGAAUGUGGCAAAGGAUUUUCCCAGUUACGUAACUAUAAAUACCAUGUGUCCGUGCACAAAGGUACAAAGGAAUUCGCUGCCAAAUGCCCCGAAUGCGAUAAACUCUUCAAUGACAAAGGCUAUCUGAGUAGUCACUUGAAAAUUCAUCGCAAUAAAAAGGAGUACGUUUGUCCGAGUUGCCCGAAAUCAUUUAACCAAAGAGUCGCAUUCAAUAUGCAUGUUCGAAUACAUAGUGGAGUCAAGCCACACAAAUGCGUUGAAUGUGGAAAAUCAUUCUCUCGGAAAAUGCUAUUGAAGCAACACUUGAGAACACAUAGUGGUGAAAAACCUUAUCAAUGCUCAAUAUGCUUGAAAUCCUUCGCAGAUCGAUCCAAUAUGACGCUCCACCAGAGGUUACACAGUGGUAUAAAGCCAUUUGCGUGCACCAUUUGCCCGAAAGCAUUCACAAAAAAGCAUCAUUUAAAGACUCAUCUCAACUACCACAUUGGUUGUAAACCAUACAUUUGUCCACAUCCGAACUGUGGCAAAUCAUUCACUCAAUCCAGCAAUAUGCGAACACAUUCACGCAAAUGUGAAUUCAAACCACCCGAACAACAAUAGCUUAUAGCAUUAGAAUAAUAAACCAGUUUCGUCUAGGUAGAAUAAUUUAUUUUAUUUUUUCUUUUAUAUAAAACGUGAAACCUCAUUCUGAUUUUACCGCAUAUUUAUUUCAAAUUAAGGAAAUAAUCAAUUGUAAACAAUGAUCUAGAUUAAAUUAUGUGUGAACUUUAAA